AACAAGACGAAGACGACUCCCACCGCAAGAAAUAUGCUGAAAUCUCUAUUCGUGUUGUGCGUGGCUGUUGUGGCGCUGAGUCAGGCACGUCCUCAUGCCAGCUAUUUGCCCAGCUACGAGACCAUCGAGUAUGCGCCCACUGUGCUGGGCUACGACACUGUGGCACUCCCAGCUGCUGUCUCCCAUCAGAGCUCGACUGUGGUGCACGAGAAGCGUCCCUACUGGCGUCCCAUCAUCGAUCAUCACACACCUCUUUUGAAGACCUACAGCCCAGCUAGUUAUACCUAUGCUGCUGCUCCACUCAGCUACAGCAGCGAGUGGUACGAACCUGGAUGGAACAGUGGCCUCAGCUAUCCCAGCAUCUACCUCAAGUGA